UCAUUUCAUCCUAAAUUUCAGCCUCCCAGCCCAAUCCCUACCAGAAUAAUACCCAUAAACCACACACUAGGACACAGCAUACGCACAGCAAGAAAGCAGCAAGAACAGAUCUACUUCAUAAAUAAGGUGUAACGAUGGCUAACAUUAAAACAUUAAAUGAAAUUGGACACCUCAACUCGUCUGGCUUUGGUAGGCCUUGGCCCAGGCAUGGGCUUUACCUGCUCCACUGGUUCUCCCAUAACUACGUCAUAUUCGACAACAAUGGUGACCUGCUGGCGCUGUACAACCCCAAAAGGAAGGAGUUCGGCUUCCAUCACUUCGAUAACCGACUCGAGUGUGACGGUAACUGUUAUCAACUGCUCCCCAACCAGAACUUUCCAUACUAUGAGGUGGGCAACCUGAAUACCCCAGGGGCAGGUGACCUGCCACCAUACGUUAGUCAGAACUACAAAGGACACCAUGAUGACAGCAAUAUGGACCGUAUCAUCAUCAGUCUUCACCCCGGCUUGGUGUUGGAUAAAGUCUAUGUGACCCAACACGAGGAUGUGAGGACCUUUGAUCGCCAGAACACCUAUCGGAUCAGUAAGGGUUUGGUCAGGCUCAUCCGUAAUCUGGAACUGGAGGAGCUGCUAAGGCAAGCUGGGUACCCCAGAACCAUUAUGUUUGUCAAAGCAGUCAAGCGGCAAGAGACUCCAGCUCGAAGUCACACCACCGUUUGUCAACCAGCUGUCAGCCAACCUGACUGGGUCAACAACAAGAGGCCCUCUGUUGUGAGUCCCAGGCCAACACCAUCAAGGGAGUCUGUGACAGACAUGCCACAUGAUUUAUUUUGCUCUCACGAAGCAUUAAGUCAUGUGUCUGUCAGUAUCCCCGAGAGCAGAGUCUCCCAUAAUCCUCAGCGGGAGAGGCGAUGCUGUGUCAUUCUGUAGACUGGGCCAAAGAGAGUCAAAAGGGUUCAUUUUACAGGACGAAUCGGGAAAUAACUGUGGACAACAUUUAUUACAGUGCUCUUAUAAGUAGGUUUACAGUGCAACACUAUUGUAAGUACUCAUUAUUGUUACACUGUACCUACAGCAGUGACCCUAACCCUAAGUCACUUUUUAAACAAUUAUUUAGAAUAAAGUAUUUUUUUAAUUAAAAAUCAUUUAUUUCAACAUACAAUCACUUCUUUAUAUGUGUAGAUUUCUGAAAGAUUAUAAUCAACCUCUAUACUUCUAGAGAAAACUACAAUACAGCCCAAUGGCAGCCCAGUUACCUGGUUUGGAACAGAACACAGAACCUGUUCCAGGUUUGGAACAUAAUACAGAACCUGUUCCAGGUUUGGAACAGAAUACAGAACCUGUUCCAGGUUUGGAACAGAAUACAGAACCUGUUCCAGGUUUGGAACAGAAUACAGAACCUGUACCAGGUUUGGAACAGAAUACAGAACCUGUACCAGGUUUGGAACAGAAUACAGAACCUGUUCCAGAAUACAGAAUGUGUUCCAGGUUUGGAACAGAAUACAGAACCUGUUCCAGGUUUGGAACAGAACACAGAACCUGUUCCAGGUUUGGAACAGAACACAGAACCUGUUCCAGGUUUGGAACAUAAUACAGAACCUGGUCCAGGUUUGGAACAGAAUACAGAACCUGGUCCAGGUUUGGAACAGAAUACAGAACUGCAGAUUGCCCUUUAAUAAUUGUAAUUAUCUUUCACUAAUGCAACUGUACAUAAUUGAUUUUCUGUAAAACCAAGGCCAAUAAGUUAAUCAUUUCCCACAGUGUUGUAACAUCUCUGUUCUAAUUGGUUAAGCAGCUCCUUGUUUAGAUUCAACUGACUAAGGGCUCUAUUCAAUUCGUAUUGCGGAUGUUCAGCAAUACAGCGUGAUAGAAAUAUUAAGGCAAAUUUCAGUGGCGACAGCGGAGGACGCAUGACUUUCAACCUUCGUCUCUCCCGAGCCCGUACGGGAGUUGUAGCGAUGAGACAAGAUAGUAGCUACUAAACAAUUGGAUACCACGAAAUUGGGGAGAAAAGGGGGUCAAAUGUAAUUUAAUUAAAAAAAUUCAGUGGCGACUGCGCAGUCACGGUAAAUGCUGCAUAUGUCGUCUCAAUGGGAAAUUACCUUUACAUUUCUGUCUCGCAAUCUGUAACGUUUCAGUGACACAGACUGAGUACAGUACAUUGUUUCCGAUAAAAAGCGGAAAAAAGUACGACCAUCUUUAACCACAAACUGAUACCACACCUUAUAGUUAAAACGUUUGUGAAAGUAGAAAGAGAUGAGUAAAGUGGUUUUACAAGCAGGUAUCUGGUAUAAACUGGUAUAAACUGUCAAAGUAGACUCAUUAUGAAGCGUUCAUUCAGAAUGUGAAUUUGUUAUAAAUCAUAAACUGUUGAUAAAAGGGAAUAAGUCAACAUUUGUGCAUUAGCAAUCAAAGAAAGCAUACAUUAAAUCAACCCAUCUAUUUCCCACUCUUUAUUUUGUAUUCACUAUAAAAUUGCACUGAGAUUGACCAAUCAGAAUAUACUGUAGUUCAUUGAUUAUGCUUGUGUUAUAGUUCCCAGGUGUGGGAUGCUAUUGGCAGAUAUAUACCCCUAGAACAGGAUUAAUGAAGAGAAAGAGAGAAUUAGCUUCUUUAACUUGGUUUCUGUUCCAAUGCAUUUAUUAAAGUUUCUCAUAUUCCAAAUA